AGUAUAGCGACGGGACGUGGAAGGAAGCUGUUGUCUUUGGCGAGGUGGCUGGAGCGGCGCGACGCUCGCGGCACGGAGUCGUUUCUCUCCGGAGCGCUCGGCUGUCGAGGGUGCGCCCCCCGGGCUGGCUUGUCUGCGCCAGUCGCCCUCCUCGUCGCUACAGGACCCGAGGCUGGGGUGGGUCCAGUCACCUCGACGCUAGCCCUGGGAAGAGUCAGGAUGGAGUUCAAGCUGGAGGCUCACCGCAUCGUCAGCAUCUCCCUGGGCAAGAUCUACAACUCUCGGGUCCAGCGGGGCGGCAUCAAGCUGCACAAGAACCUUCUGGUCUCGCUGGUGCUGCGCAGCGCCCGCCAGGUCUACCUGAGCGAUCCUUGCCCCGGCCUCUACCUCGCCGGCCCCGCAGGGACUCCGUUGGCACCGCCGCCGCAGCCCGGGGAGCCGGCGUCCGGGCCACCCGCGGGCUGGGGAGAGCCGCCUCCCCCGGCGGCCCACGCCGCAUGGCCGGAGCCAGAGCAGCCCCAGUGCCCCGAGACCUCCCGCGCGCCCCGGACGGGGAGGGCGGAGGACGCAGCCGAAGCUGCCCGGAGCCGCGAGGAAGAAGCGAGCGUGGCGGCGGCAGACGGAUUCUUGGCUGCGCCGCCCUGCGAGGAGCCUCGGGCCGCACGCCGCCCCUGCGGCUGCCCCCCGGCCGGGGACGACCCGCCUGGCGCGCUGGCCGCGUCCCUCGGAGCUGACUGCCGCUGCGCGCCUCGGCCCGCCGAGGACGAAGCCCCUGCGCCGCCCGCCGUGGGCCCCAGGAAGCGCGGCGCGGCGGGGGUGGGCGGCGGCCACGCGGGCUGCCCGGCGCCCGGCGCGACCCCACAGAAGAAGCCGCGUCGGAACUCAGAGGAGCAGCCCGGCGGCGGCGAAGAGGCCGGCGAGGAGGAGAUGGAGACCGGCAACGUGGCUAACCUCAUCAGCAUCUUCGGUUCCAGUUUCUCUGGACUCUUACGGAAAAGCCCCGGGGGCGGACGGGAGGAGGAAGAGGCCAGGGAGGGCGGUCCGGAAACCGCCGAGCCCGGGCAGAUCUGCUGCGAUAAGCCGGUGCUGAGAGACAUGAACCCCUGGAGCACAGCCAUCGUGGCCUUCUGAGCCCUGGGUCCCGGGCGGCGGGCGGAGGUUGAGCAGCGGGCGUUCCCGAAGUGAGGGCCGGGCCUCUCCCGGCGACGAGGACGCCCGGAGACCGCAGGCGCCGAGCGCGCCGGGAAGACUGGUGGCUGCGGGGCAGCACCCUGACCCCGGCUUUGGCAGCCCUGCUGUGUCGAGCCUCGAGGCUCAUCUAGAGACCUGGAGUCGGAGGCUUAUCUUAGGAAGAGGACGAUCGUUAACCCUUGUGUAUGUGUGUGUCUGUAAGUUGGUCUUGUUGAAUUUAGACUUUUUUUUUGUUUCCGCUUGGAACGCACCACCUCUUCCCUGGGGCUUAAGACUUUGGGAACUGACAGGGACUUUCCUCUGCCCUCCGCACUGAUGAGGAAGCGGCUGACGGCGGGGGCGCGGGAUUUCCCCGGCUGAUCUCGGGGAGGGAGGGGACUUUUACACACCUUUGUCGAGAGAGCUGCCCCUGUGCCAGGAGGGGCCUCCUCCCAGGAUUUCCUGCGACUGCAGUGGGGACCACGCAUUCCUUCUGUCCUCUCCAUCCUCACACAGAAGAAACGCUUUAAACCCUGUGAUUACUCUGGGGAAAGGGGAAUAUUAAGGGACCUUCAUCUCCCCACGCGGGGGGGAAAAGCUUGAUAAACUUCACAGAAGAGUUCAAGCUUGGAAAUACGGAGUUUAUAGAGAAAAGAUAUAUUUUUAAAAGCUCUAACUCAGAACUACACAGUGCUUUUAAAAAAGUGUUUAAUGAAACAAAGUUUACAGACAAGCCCUAUGUGGAAAGACCUUAUGGUUUUGUAGAUAUGGUGACUCCAGUCUUUGUUGUAUAAAGGUUGGGGGAGCUGAUGAGGUUUUUGUACAGUAUUUUCUCCUUCCUUGUAUUGAUUUUUGUAUAAAAAUGUAACUUUACGUGUCUAACACGUAUUAAAUAUUUUGAAGCAA